AUGUUUUCCCAGUCUCUCUCUUGCUUUUCUCCAAUUCUCGUUUCUCUCUCUCCCUCUUUCUCUAUGUCUAUCGCUUUCUCUAUCUCUCGCUGCGUCGCCCUCUAUCUCUUCAUCAGUCUCUCUAUCUCUCUUGCUCUACCUCUCUCUCUUUCUCUCAGUCUCUUUCUUAUUUUUCUUCCUGGUUUUCUAUCUCUCAAUCUUCCCCCUCUCUCUCUAUCUCGUUUUCUCCUGUUUUCUUUCUCUCUCUUCCCCUUAAUCUCUCAUUUUUCUCCCUCUAUCACUCUCACUCUAUCUACCUACUUCGUAUUUCUCCCUCUCUUGUUUCUCUUACACUUUCUCGCUAUUUUAUCUCUCACUCUCUUUCUCUCUCUCUCACACACACACACACACUCUCUCUCUCUCUCUCUCAUUCUCUCUCCCAUACUGCUUUCUUCCCCUACCACUUUCACUUCUGGACUUCUUCUUCUAUCUAAGUCACCCUCUGAUUUCUCCAUCUUCCUAUCUCUCUCAUUUUUAUUCCCAUAUUUCUACCGAUUUUCUCCCUCUAUCUAUCUACUUGUUGAGGUUCCACCAUCUCUCUCUCUCUCUCUGUCGCUUUUCUCCUUCUAUCUCUUUCUCAUUUCUCCCUUCUAUUUCUCUCUUUUUUCUCCCUCUCACACCCGUGUUAUCUCCCUAUCUUACCCACUCUCGUUUUCUCCCUCCACCUCUAUCACUUUUGUCUCCCUUUAUCUCUCUCCCUCUCUCUCGUUUUUCUCCGUUCUAUCUCUCUCUUUUCUACAUCUCUCUCUCGUUUUUCUACCUCUCACUCUCUCUUUCGCAUUUUUCUCCUUUUAG